AUGUCACAAGACCAAGACAUGACUAUCUCAAUCAAGAAUCUGUCUAUCAAGACCAAGGAAGAGCCGGCACAGGCUUCUACAAAACCCACGACCAAGAAAAAAGCCGCAAAGGAGGUUAUUGCAGAUUCAUGGGAGGACGCCGACUCGGAUUCGGAAUCUGAAGCGGAGGACGAGUCAAACAAGCCCACGCCCACGCCCACGCCCACGCCCACCGUCACACCCGCACCUCCUCCUCCGACGCCCAUGUCACCUGUCGGUGAUCUGUCCUGGACAUCUAUGUCAAGUAGCUCUGGAACUGGCUCUCGAGGUGAAACUGAUCCAGACCGGCGACCAGAGAAAACCGAUGCCGUUGCCCGUCGCAUGAUAGCUGCUGGACUGGGCCUCAAGGCACCCAAGCAGACGGAGGAGCAAAAGGCGUACCAGAGGAGCGUGCGUGAGCAGGAAAAGAAAAAGAGAGAGCAAGAGCGAGAGGAGGAAAAGAAGAGACAGGCCGAGGUUGAGAAGGCAAAGGCAGCUAUCUGGGAUGACUAG